AUGGCGGCAGCGCUGGCUUCGGGCGAGAGUAGCGGCUCAGCAGCAGCUGGUUCCCCCUAUCUGGACUAUGAGCAACUGGUGCUCAACAGCAACAAAGAGGGGAUGGACUUCUUGCGAAAGGGUCAAUACAAACAAGGCCGUUUGGAACGACCGAUGUUGGACGGGAUUGGGAUGGAUGAUGCGACGAAUCUGAUGUCGGUGACUUGCAACAACCUGGGAUGCUACUACAAGAAGGUCGGAAAGUUGCAUGCUGCACUCAGCUACCUGCGAAAGGCCCUGAAGAUCGAGGUGUCUCUGCAAACCGAUGACGUCACAGUGGCUGGGACGCAUCUGAACGUGUGCGCGAUCCUUUCCAAGCUGGACAAGCACGAUAAGGCCCUGCAGCACGCUCUCUGCGCCUUGGAACUCAUCAAAAACCGUGUGGAUUCAACGGAGUUUUCUCCCACCCAGGACGAGUAUUCGGUCCUUGCCAUUGCCUAUCACAACGUGGCCGUGGAAAGGGACUAUUUGCAACAGCUGCAGGAGGCUGCAGCAGCCUACCAACAGGGCCAUGAAGUGGCAAAGAAAUGCCUGGGUGAUCAGCAUCCGCUCACGCAGACUUUGGCCAAGAACGCCAAUGCGGCACUGCAAAAGUCGCAGGCUAAAGCAGCUCAGGCCGAAGCAGAGAGGAAUCGAAGCCCACCGGCGCCAAGAGAGGCGCGGCCACGGAAGAAUUCCGCACCACAGGUGGCUACGCUGCCUGAGAUCAGCAGAAAGGAGCCGUCUCAAGAUGGCGAGGAGGAGGUCAGCCGCGACCAGAGCUUUGGAAGUUGGAAUGCACGGACUGGAGGCGAUUUGGGUGGCUUCCUUCCGCCACUUCAGCCGCGGCCAGCUGAGUUCUUGCACUGCAACCCUCCAGUAGUCCUUCGAUGUCUCAGGUUAGGGUGGGCCAGACCCUCUUACGUGCGUGGCGGGUCAGUGGAGGCUCCCAGGUCCUGGGUAAGGAUAAAGGAGAUGGAGGCGGCAAAACAGAGCCUUUUGGCAAAAGGAGGGACCCUUGGGGAUUGGACAGGCCUCAUCACUAAUGGCCUGCAGCCUGAAGACCUGGCUUGGGUUGAUGCUGCAACGCAUCCUGGAAAUGUCUUGGACUAUGCCCGACGCGUGAUGAACCGUGACGGCAUCAUGGAGUACGAGUGCUAUGACGCCAGAGGGCGAGCACAGGGCAAAGCCAUUAUAAGGCUGCUAGACUGGGAUGACUAUGCGUUGGGGACACUUAGAGGUGUCCACCUGAGAGCGUCCGAUCCCUACUAUGACUGGUAUGCCCAACAUGAACUGCAGGAGGGCAAAGGGAUAUAUCACCUGUGCGGGUCAAAGAGGUCCCAGUGCACGGCUCGCUUGGGCAGAGGCGACAGGCGGGAGAUGGUGCACUUGGAGCGGUGGCGCAUGACGAACCCCAUGGUCAUGUUGGAGCACGACUACUCCAAGGAAGUGGCACUCAUGGCGGUGAAUAACUGGGUGUCCAAUUUUGCCGCAAAGGUGCCGGAGCCGCCAAACCCUCCGGGGCCCCCUGGUGGGGCUAGGGGGGCUGAUCCAACGGGUUUGGACAAGGCACUUGCCGAAGCUGGUGAAGCUGAGGAGGAGGAUCAGGUGGAGAAAAGAAAGAAGAAUGAAGGAGGCCGGCCUGAGGUUCAUCCAAAGGGCUUAGUAGGGUUGAUGCUGGAGAGAAAGGCCGCAGAGAGGAGAGCUGCUCUGGCUGACAAGGAACGGCAGGAUCAGAGAAGGCGGCCUGACAGAGGGCGAAGCCGGAGCAGAGGACGCCGGCGAAGGAGGCGUAAGCGGUCUUCAAGCCCUGGUGAAAAGGGGCAUGAAAGAUCUGACUCAUCAGGGUCGUCACGAAGUUUUCGAGAGCCCUCUACCCGGGGGGAGGUCGAGAUGUGGCGGCAAAGCAGGAAAAACCCCGGGGCCCUUCUGAAGAAAGGGAUGGAGGAAAUGGCCCGCUAUUUAGCCGAGAGGGCACCCGGCGAAGAAGGCGGCACCGACACGUGGAUGAGCCAUCGAAUGAUGGCCUACGUCAGUCAAGUGGUGCUCACCCAGCAUCCUCCAGGGACCAUCGGGGUCCGCAAUCACAGGGAGCUGCUGACCUUAGGUCGAGCCAUCGACAUGCUCAUUCAGGGGCAGCUGGGGGAGCUGGGCGACCUUCUCAUGCAGAGAUUGAAGGCGGUGGAAACCUCGCUGGUGGAUCAAGGAUGGCACUCGGCAAAACAUCAAGAGCUGAUCCCACCCCAUGCAGCCAGCCUGACAACAGAAGCCGAGAGGCGUCGGACGGCUCGGAUGGAGAUCUCAGCAAACAAGCUGAAAGAGAUGUCAAGUCGGCCAGCGGCCCUGAGGGAGAGCGACCAUCGCCGGGUGGUUUUCAACGAGAAGCCACUGAUGAUCGGAGAGAAGAAUGCGGCCGAGAAGGAGAGCCCCAAGAGCGAGGGGAAGGCGAAAGGAAAAGGAAGGGGAGAAGAGGAGCGAGAGGAGCCCAACCCCCCCGAAGUCUUGACUGAUAAAGAGAGCUUCGAGACUGUGAACCCCGAGAAGGAGGCCGAGUCGAGUCUGGAGAUGUUCAAACGAUGGUUGGAGACUGAGGAGACUGGAGGACUGAGUGUGGCCCAGACAGGGGCGCUGCUGGCCCUCAGCGUAUGGCGCAGUGGUACGCCGUUAGGCAGCUACUUGCAUCAGGUUUUGCAGCCCGGGCCAGACGACGGUGAUUCAGGAAGGAGACAAAGGGGGAUUCUUCCUUUACCGCUUUUACCUGAUGCAAGAGCGGAGAUGGAGAAGCUUUUCAAUGAGGGCGAGUUUCGGCGACUUGCUGGAAGCUGGGGGGCCAAGAAGCAGAACAAAGAGAAAGCGGCAAAGCAGAUCCGUCGGAGUGGUAUGCUAUUGUGGCAUGGGCUGGUUGUGACCGGCAUCAAUGCCCUUUGGACCGGAGGUGGCAAUUCUGGAAAAGUUCAUCGAGGAGGACCUUCAAAGGCUCAGCAGAUGGCCCUGGAUAGGAUAUGGGAUGUGGUGCGCGAUUUCGUUGAUGACCGGUCGGAAACCCAAGAAAAAGUACCCAGGUCACCUACCCUGGGUGAGUGGGGAAAGAAGUUGGGUGACGUCCGGAUCUCAUAUCAGGGUGAGAUUGUUGAGAAAGCCCACCAGUUGACCCUGGCGCAGAUCUUGCCUGGGCUUCCUCCUCCAGGCUUCGGGGGUAGUGUCCCCUUGGUGGAGCUCUGCGAUGGGGAGUUGAGAGAAAAGCUUAUGAACCCUGAGGGCAAUGUGCUGAAGGAGGAGGAGAUGCCGGAAGACCUGCCGAAACCCAAGGUGCACGCCAGCCCAGAGCAGUGGCAACUGAUAGCCAAGGAACUUUAUACCCGUGGAUUGGUGGAGCCAGUUGAAAGUCCUUUGGAAAUCAAAGGCAAGCCCAUCUGCAACGGCGCAUUCGGCGUGGUCAAGCCAGGCAAAUUCCUAGAGGACGAGCGCCCGAUCCUCCGACUCAUAAUGGAUUUCAGAGCGGUCAACGCUGCCACUCGGAUCCUUGAAGGAGACGUUCGGAAGUUGACCGGUGCCCCGGCACUGCAACAUAUCGUUCUCCCGAACAGCAGCGUACUAAGGGUCUCGGCAGAAGACCUUGUAGCUGCUUUUUAUUUGUUCGCAUUGCCCCCAGGAUGGUCACGGAUGAUGUGCUUCGGUGAGAAGGUGCCAUGGACGUCACUGGGCAUUAGCCGGCCGGGUUCAGUAUACCUGGGGGCUAGGGUAUUGCCCAUGGGCUGGGCCUCGGCGGUGGGUGUUCUUCAGCAUGCCCACCGACGAUUGGCCCUCAGAUCACCUUUGUCAGGGGGAGCCGGCCUCCUGGGGGCGUGUGAGAUCAGGCGGGACGCGGAAUUCCCAGACCUGGAACUGGAGCGAUCGAUGUGGUCGCUUUACUUGGAUGAUACGACGCUGGUUGAGAUCCUGGACAAACGCGUCGCCAAGGAGCUGGAAGGAAAACCCUCGGCUGAGCAGGGGCGCCUGAGAAGGGCUUACCAGCACUGGGGAAUUCCAGUGUCAAAGGAAAAGGCACUGGUAAGGAAUGAAGCGGCCGAAAAACUUGGGGCCGUGGUUGAUGGAGAAAAAGGGGUCUUGAAAGGAUCCACGAAACGUGCGCUGGAGAACCUCUCGUUGGGGUUUUGGCUGUUGCGCCAGGAACGAGUACCAAGAAAAGCCCUUCAGGUCUUUCUGAGAAAGGAGGUCCACACAAUGCAGUUCAGACGUCCCCUCUUUGGGGUAUUUGACUACCUCUGGAAGGUAUUGCUCAGUGGACUUCUGCAACCGCUGAGAAGGACGGAUCUGAGGGCAAGGCUGCAUGAACUGGUGACAGCCUCGGACGCCAGCGAAACCGGUGGCGGAAUGGUGUAUGGGCACAAAUUGUCCCAGCAAGGAUUGAAGGAGGUACUGGCCAUUAAAGAGGGCUGGGAGGAGCCUCCAGAAGAAGAGGUGAAUGUGGAUGGGCCUCAAGUGGUCCUGGCAAUUGAUUUCUUCGCUGGGAUAGGGGGACUUUCCCAUGCCCUUCAGUUGGCUGAUGUGAAAGUGGCCCACCUUUUGGUGGUGGAAAAUGACCCGGAUUGCAGGCGGCUAAACGCUGUACGGUGGCCAGGGUGCGAUCUGAUGAGCGACAUCCAGAAGGUCACCAAGAAGGAGCUGGAGAAGGCUAUUAGAGGAGUGCCUGGGUUGACAGGCGUGAUUGCAGGGGGCGGGUCCCCAUGCCAAGGCUUGUCGCAGCUCUCGGCCAACAGGAAACACCUCGAAGAUCCCAGGUCGAAGCUGUUUUACCGCCUGUGUGAGAUCUUUGGGUGGAUUGCUGAUAUAUGUGGUGAGAUGGAAGUUUGGAACCUGAACUUCCUUGAGAAUGUGGUUGGUGAUGAAGCUGAUGUGGAGGAAAUGACAGAGGAGCUGGGUGCGCCUCCACUUCGAGUUUGCUCGAGCGGGUUGUCUCGGGUUCGAAGGCCCCGGUUGUACUGGAGCAACGCUGACCUGGAGGACCAUUCGAGUUAUACGAGGGCGCACUAUGCACUCUGGGACGAGCUUUGCUUUGAGGAGGAGCUGGAGCCCAUGGAAUUCUUCUGUGAUGAGGGAUGGCUGUGGGCCGCUGGAAACCAGGAUGAAGAAAAGAGGCUGCCUACAUUUACGAGGGCCAUUCCUCGGAGCAGGCCCCCGGUGUGCCCGGCGGGAAUUGAUGGAUGCGACGAGGCCACCUUGAAAAGGUGGAAGGAGGACAAGAUGAAGUACCCUCCCUACACUUACAAAGAGGACUUCUUGUUUGAAUCAAAGAAGGACUCAAACAAGAAGCGGGUGGCCUCAGCGUCUGAAAGAGAAAGGCUGAUGGGUUACCCGACCGGGUACACGCUCGGGCUUUUCAAGAAAGAGCCUGGUUCCGUUUUUGAGAUGGAGCAACAGGAGGUAGCACGCUGUGCUGCCCUGGGCAACAGUUUCCACGCCGUGACAGUGGCAUGCCUGAUUGACCUGUGGCUGUGGUCAGCUGGAGUUCGCACUGAUCCAAUGGGUGCAAAGGCCAUUGUGGAGCGAUGGCAUAAGGAGAUGAGCGAAAAGGCAUUCAGCGACUUUGGAGGGCUGCUGCUGAAGGAGAAGCAGGCGAUGAAUUCGAGCCUGCAAGAACUUGAGUUGGAGGAGGAGGCGAUGAGCCAAGAUGGUGCGCCACGCAAUACAGAGUGGUUGCGCAUGUGCGGGCAAGGCCAAGCAAAGGAUGGUCCAGACCCACUCAGUGUGAGGUUGAUCCAUCAGUACCUUCGACGAUGUGAGUUUCGAGGGUCAGACAUUCGCCUGGAUCUAGGCGUGGUAUAUCGGCCAGAUGCUGUCAAGAGGACGAGCAUUGACCCGCGGAGGUGGCUCUGGAGAACGGCUCAAGCCUAUCGCUGGAGCAAGCGAGAACAUAUCAACCUCCUUGAGCUCAGGGCCGUGCUGCGGACGCUUGAGUGGAGGAGCCGUAGCACGGCGUUUCACAGUUGCCGGUUCAUGCACCUGUCUGACUCGCAAAUCGUCCUGGCAGUGCUGACAAAGGGCCGGUCGUCGUCCCGCCGGAUCAAUCGAUUGCUGAGAAAAGUAGCAGAGAGGAAGAAAGAGAGGCAAAAGAUUGGACGGCUGGGAGACCAAAAGAUUUCACCUUGCACGCGAGAGCGUUACCACCACUCUCUCAAGGAAGUGGCCAAGUAUGCGAAUUUAAGUCCUCAGAUGCUGCUGAGGCAAGACAGUCUGGAUGACAUUUUGUCGUCCUUUGUAGAGAUGCUUUGGGAGGAUGGUGAAUCCCCGUUCUCAAGGCGUGCCACUCCGUUAGACCCCUCCUUGUUGCUGGCGUUUGCUGGGGUGUUUUGGAAGUGGAAAUGGGAAGAUCUGGCCUGUCUGACCGUGGUUGGAUUCGCUGGACUCCUGCGGACGGGAGAGAUGUUUGCCUUGCAAAGAUCAGAUGUGGUCUUGGCGCGCAAAGCAAACCAGCCUUCCAUCAUAUUCCUCUAUGACACCAAAACUGCAAAGCGCAAUCUCCUGACUGCAGAGAAGGUGUUGAUCUACGAGCGGUGUGCUAAAGCAUGCCUCCACUUUCUCUGCAAGAAUAAAAAUGGCACAGAACGCCUUGUGGACACAGCGCCGGCAAAGUACCGUGCAGUGUGGAAGGAGGUCGUCGACCACUUAGGUCUGAAUUCAUUUCACUAUUUACCAUACUCUCUUAGAAGAGGAGGAGCUACGUCCGCCUACAAGGAAGGCAUGACUUUUGAACAGCUUCUCAUCAAAGGGAGGUGGCAGAAUGUUUCAACUGCUAGGUUGUAUUUGGACCAGGCUUUGCAGGAGUUGACUCGAAUCCAACUCCCUUCCACCGCUGUUGCUCGAGUCCGCGCAGCCAAGCUGUGCUUUAAGGCUGCCGGGCUGGGACGCGUGGAGGGGGAGGUGGCGGCAGCUCCAUCCUUCAUCGAGACUAUGGGGCCCGAGGCUCGAGCUGCUCCAGCGAGUCCACCUCCUUUGAUCAUCGAGCGGAGAGACGAGGACGCCACGGUCCAUGAGCCUGAGCAACGUCAAGGAAGGCCGCCCCGCUUGCCCCGCUCCACGGAUGGCGCUACGAGACCUCCAAGGACUCGGACGCGACAACCCGAUCCGGCCGUGGGGCACCGCGUGACAGAUGCUGGCUUGGUACCUGCAGCACAACAAUCGCAGAUUUUGCGAAGGAGUGCUGCGGAGAAGAUUCAGCAUUUCUGGCGGCAGUAUCAGAGGAAUAAAGUGCAAAGUUGCGACCAAAAUCGCUUGGAGAACGCCGCCGCCACCAAGAUCCAAGCCACCUUCCGUGCCUUCGCAGUUCGACGAAGCCGACGGAGCAAGGCCGCAACAGCCAUCCAGCGCAUUUUGCGCGGCUUCCUGGUGCGCCUUUGCAUCCGGCGACACCAAGCCGCGGUGGUGAUUCAGCGCCACGGCAUCGGCUUCCUGACCCGGAAGAACCUGCGCGGCGCGGUGGAUGCGGCCGUCAGAAUCCAACGCGUGGCACGAGCGCGCAUUGCCAACAUCAAUGUGGAGGCUCGCCGGCGGCUGGUGAAGCAUGCGGCCAAGUUGGUCCGUGGCUCCAUCCGUACGUGGCUGAUCCGGCAAGACUUGAAGCAGCUGCGAGUUCUUUCGGAGCAGCAGGAGGCCCGAGAAGAAUCGAGCCGGAAGAUUCAAAGCGUUUGGAGAGGAGGUUGUGCUCGUCAGAAUGUGGCAGAUAUGAGGAGCGCUCACAAGAAGCGAAUCAUGCUCUUCAGGGCUUCGGCGAGGCUGCAGGCACUGGCGCGGCGUCACCUGGCCAAGAAGAGAGUGGCCAAGAUCCGCGCGACGCAAAUGCGGGCGUCCCACAAUGCUGCGACGACCAUCCGAAAGAUGUGGUUGGGCCACGUGUAUCGACGGCGAUACUUGGCACUUCGAAAGGAGUUUCAGGAGCAUGAGGGAUCAGUGGUCACACUUCAGCGUUUUGCUCGCGGAUAUCUUGUGCGCCUGAGGAUGUGGCGCGAUGCGAUUCGUUCUGAAGAACAGUUGUGGGCAGCCGUGGAGAUGCAGCGCUGCUGGCGCGGCUAUCUCGGAAGGCUCAGGUGGGAAACCGAAUAUGAACGCCUCUGGGCCCGUGAGAGUGCUGCUGUGAUGAUCCAAAGGAAUGUGCGGGGCUGGCUUGCGCGCACGGCUGUCACAGGGCGUCGGCGCCGGCGUGCACGUGCAGAGUUCGAGAAAGCCAGGAGGCGCUUCAAAGCGGCUCAGAAGAUUCAAGCGCUUGUCCGUGGCGUGCUCUGCAGGAAGAGGGUCUUACGCUUCUGGCAGAGGAAAGUGGAGGCCGCCACGACGAUCCAACGGAUCUGGCGCGGCCAUCGGCUUCGAUGUGAGAACUUUGAGAAGGACCGCACUCGGGAUGUGGUGAAGAUCCAGUCCACAGUGCGGAGGUUCCUGGUGCGCAACCGACGCUUCCAGCUCUUGGCCAAGGUGAUCAUGAUUUCGCGGCAGUGGAGACACUGGCGACACUUCAUUCCAGAGGCAGAACGAGAGAGAAGACGAGCGCGAUCAAAGCUGUAUCGCGAGGCCGCUUGCACCAUCCAACGAUACGUUGAAGCAAAGAACUAUGCUGCAGGCGCAGAACCUCAAACUUCUGAGGCUGAAAGUGCUGAACCGUAG